AUGGUACUUUGUGAUGCUGUCGCGGUGCUGUCCUCGAUGUCAGUGGUGGAGGGCGGGGCGGAGAUGGUGCGGUGUGGCAGUGUGUACGUCACUCCCUCCGACCACGCCCACAAAGUGACGCAGGCCGUACUCUCUGCCCCGAACGUGCACGAGAAGAAAAGGAGGGCCAGCAAAUAUACGGUGGCCAUAGGGACAACACACGGGCAUGUCUGCACGCAAAGCCCCCGAAGCGGUGACAACGGGUCCACUGUGUCGGAGAUCUACACCUCGGAGCCUCGCGUGAGAAUGGCAGGAGCAGCGCCGUCUGCCCACCACCACCAGAACCACGCCAAAACUUUCGGCCAGCACAGCGCCAAGAAAUCCCAGGGCUCGUCGCGGCCGGCUGCCUUUGUACCGAUUCCGGAACUGGGCAUUUACACCCCCGAUCAACACGUCCUUCAGAAUGGAACGUACGCCCAGCAUUGUCACUCGCGGGAGGUGAAUAACAAUAAACGUAACCGGCACGAACACCCGACCGCCGGCUCUGAUACAAAUAGUCUGAACAAUGCAGCCAGCACCGUCACCAGCAAUGGCAAUUCUAGUUUCAAUUCUUCUUUUGACGAAAGCGUGAAAAGCUACGAGUACGGGGGUAAAGGGGGACUCAAGAGAUUGGACGCUUGGAAUGGACGAGGGCUGCAUUCUAAUUACCCUUCCUCUGAUGUUUACCAUAGCUGUAUGGAUAUAUCUACAACGCAGAGAGAUGAGAGGGAUUUUGGUACCAUGAAUAGUACCAGAUCCUACGAGCCUGAGUACAAAACGAUCCGAGAGGAAGAUAAUUCAGAAGUAACAGACGCGAACAGGACAAUGGAUCCUGCCAACAGAUCGCAUUCUUUGGGGGAUUUGACGUCUGGAUUGGCGUUUUCUUUGGUGGGACAGAAAAAGUCUGAGAGUGUGGCCAGUGUGGGAGACCCUAGUGGACAGCGAAGUAGUCGCGACGGGGAACAGAACGGGUCGGGGAAAAAGAGCAGUGAGGGUAGUUCGGCUCUUAAACACAUUCGCGAGAGACUCCAAAGAGCUGUGCUCAACUCUCAGAGCAGAAAAACGACGCCCAGUAACGUCAACGGUAAGGAAAAACAUGAAAUCCUGUCUGGGAACAUGGGUACAACAGUCCUGCCGAGUGGCAGACGAGAUCACACGGACUCUGCUUUGAAUAGUCGAGUGGAGACGACGUUCAGCGCCCAGUGUCCUUCAGGAGUGACGCAGCAGAAUCGUUGUGUCAGCCAGUCUCAGCAGCACUAUCAGCAGUAUCAGCCGCAGCAGCAGUCAGGUCCGCCUCCCAGCGUCCGUGAGAGGGUGAGUCUGAUGCAGCGACAGCAGUCCGCCCCCCAACCCGAGCCCUCCGCCUCCUCCCCGCCACUCUCGUUGUCUCGGAGAAGGAGAGAUUCGGAGGAGACCACGUCCAGCUUUAAGAGUGCGCUCUCUGACUACGCCAGUGUCAAGAGACCCUCCAACGACCGCCUUGCCCCCUCAAAUCUCAACAACAACAGUAAUUACAGCAACUACGGUAGUUCUGACAGACUUAACAACAACAACAACAACAACAGUAGUAGCAGUAGCAACAACCAAUCUUCCCGCAGCCAGUCAACGCUGGUCAACAGUUACUCGUCUUCCACCGGCUACUCUACAGUGGUCAGUCAAGACACGUUACGUGAAUCCUACCCAGACACGCAGUCGGCACCAAACACCAGCCGGACCUCUUCUCCUUCAAAACCCAAGCGAAGUCUCCCCCACGUCCCCACAUCGGAAACUUCGGAGCGGAUCAAACGCUUCACGGAGAUGAUGAAGUCCAGAAUCACCGGGCAAGGUGGUAGCACAGGAAGCGCUGGCAGCAACAGUAGCAGCGGAAGCAACGGGCCUCAGGGCGGGGGUUUCACACCACCGAUACGCAUGUCUUCUGUAGACAGCGGCGCGUCCGACCGGAGCGUGGUGUCCCGAAAAUCCUCGGCCGAGACGCCGUCCGACUACGAGGUCUCCCACAUCAACAACAACGGCGGCAAACCCCGGAGGCACGAGAGGGGGCCCAAACACUCUGACCACUCGGACAGCGGCGGGACCAAGCAUCAGCUUCAGUCGCAGAUGCACAAAAUCCCGGAGACGGUUGUGAGUAAUGACGUAUUCUACCCGCAGAACUCGAAAGAAGUUGAGCCUUUCAGCCACGGGAACGGGUUCGGACCCGCUCAUGUUUCUAGUCCUAAAGUUGUGAACGGCGGAGCUGAUAAGAGGAGAUUUUCCGAUAACGGGCCAGGGUUUCAUGAAUCGACGCGGGGGAAUCUUUCUUCGAACUUUAGUAAUGGACCGUACGCCAAAACACACCCCUAUGGAUACAGUAUCCAAGGAGAUACUCAUGACGCGUACGUCCCAGCCCAGGCGUCUCACGUUACCUCCGAGGAGACGCCCCUCCCGCCAGGAGACAGAAGCACGGACUCCGGUCAGACUACGGGCACCAACCACAGCUACAACGGCAGCGCCCUCGACUCGGGCUACACCACCAACAACGACGGGGAAAAUGACUCCGUCAACCUAGACCACCAGCGACCACCGCCGAGACAUCAGUCCAACCUGGCAAACUCCCACCGCUUUGGCAGCGUACAAAAUGUCAGUUCUGCGCAGGCGCACGGGAACCCACGAGACGGUAAUUUGUUCCGGCACAACCCUUACCUUCAGGACGACCGGUUCCCCAACUCUAAACCUGCACCUGUCGACCACCAUCGCCCUGACGUCGGCCCGUACUCGGCUCGGGAAUACCCGAACAAAUACAACAACAACAGCGCCGACCACGGUAGUGGGGUUCCCCCUGUGUCUAUUAAAAGUGAACUUCUCCCCGUGACGCGGCAGUUGAGCCAAUCAAAUGACGUGAAUAAAUAUAGAUCGACCAAUCGGCGUAGCUGGGAUUACUCUGACGUAGGCCCUGACAAUUCUCUUGUGAUUGAAAAUGGAAUGAGAAGAAAUAACAAGUUCGAGCACAGAUAUCGAUCGACUGAAGUCAUGCCGUCAUACCAAUAUUCAAAAGAUGUUUCUAAUUUUGGUGCAGUUCACACAUCAAACCAGUUUUAUCCUCGUCACGAGCACGAAGAUCGUUACCCAAACUCAAACAACCAGCAUGUCGCAAACGGUAAUUUGAGCUCAAACUCCAACUUCAGAAGUGUGGCAGCCGACCAGCGACCCCAGCACGCUUCUUCUAGCACGUCCCAAUCGUACAACGCCAAUCUCGACAGAGGGGAUUCGGCGGGGAAUGGCGUCGCUUUCUUCCAGUUCCCCAACAACACCCCUCAGAGAUCGGACAGAACUACAGCACUGACGAAUCUCCCCGCCAAUCAACAGUCUACCUCACUGAAGCCCAUCGCUCGCGGAAGUGAAGAUCAAAGUCCGCAUUCCUCCAAUGACCAGUGGAACGCGGACAUGUACAGAAAGCAGCAAUCAAGCCAAACCCCUCCAUCAGCCUCCUCGUCGACAGAGGGCGUGCGUCAGCGCCCAGUCCCUCUGUCCAGGAGCAACAGGCAGGCUCGCGGUCGCACACUUCCGGGAGGCUUUCGUCUGAACGAAUCAGAUUCUUCUUCCGGUCACGUUACGAACCCUAAUUUGGAAAUAUCUCUGUUCCACAUGACCCAGAAAUACGACCUGUGCCCUCUCUUGCUGAACCUCCCGAAGCAUGUGUCUCUGAGAGAACUCGUAAAUCUGAAGGAGGUCUCCCUGGAGAUCUCCCUGUCGGGCGUCCCUGGGUAUCCCGGCAGUCCUCAAGGUCAGACGCCAAAGAUAGGAAGUCCAGGUUCCGCCUUCACCCCUGUAGGCAGUCUGCCAGACCAGGACCAGCCUCUGGUGGCCAAGGUCAAGGUGGUGUGUUUCUCCCAGGUAUGGGAUGAGGUUCACAAACACACCACCCUGGGCAGAGUCCUCGAGAGCGACAUUUUGGUGGAGGUCAACGGCUGGUUCUGCCUGGGUGCCGACACGACGUACCUCACCCGUAUUGUGGAGACCUGCCAAGGGGCGAUAACUGUCACUGUCGCUAGGCUGAAGGAGAGCGACGAGAAGAGAUACAAGGGUCAGACUCCAGCAGAGCGGAUCAAAGGCCUGGAAACGGAAAUCUCUCGGCUGGACAAUCUCAUCCAACACAAGGACUCCAAGAUCAAGGAAAUGAGCUCAGGGUCGACAUCUUCGUUCAGUGGCGCAGGAUCAUCGAUACAACUGACCACUUCGUCAUCAUCGACGUCGUCGCACGGCGUGAAGAGACGGCAGACGCCGGUGAUCAGUUCGGUGAACGGGGAACCGCCGUGUGAGGGGAUGGUGAUUGGUGAUGAUGAGUAUGUGGUCUAG